AUGUUUGAUACUGUCACCAAGAAGGGUCGCUGCUCUCCUGGGAUGGGCGAGCAAGAGAAACUGGCCAAUACCAAAAAGAGCCUCUCGAGCCUCCAUACGUUCACCUUUAGCUUUCUGAAGAACCAAACUUCAUCAAGAGUUGCAGACAAAGAAGACAGCCGAGUUGAGAUUUCGCAUUCAGAUGAAGGGAAAAUGGCUUUGCUGCUUGCAAAUGCGACGCAUACCCAAUUGGAUAUCCACGAACAAUCCGAAUCAGACGAAGACGAAGACGAAGACCGCCAUCUAAGCUUGUCAUCUAGCGACACAAUUUCUGAGAGGAACAUUCACAGUUCUUCAGCUACCCCACUCCUCGUUCAUUCCGAACUUGGUCUUUCAGCCUCUGAGCCCUUUCCAGACUACUACGAGUCAUGCGAACAGAACACGGCGGUUGUCGACAAGGAUAUCGAAGAAGCCUAUAAUCACGCUAUCGCAAUGGUGUUCGAAGAGGUUGUGCGGAUUGGGAAGCCUGAUCCCAGUCUUGCUUCUGUGUCUUUUUUUGCAUCUCGGUGCAACUACCCUACGACUCUCCUAAUGACAGAGAAACCCCCUAGUCAGGUCGAGUCCGACAUUUCUUUUGCAUCACAGUCAGCUUCUUUGGGGGACAUUACUGUCCAGGGUCAGGUUAUUUCGGAGCCAAUACCUGCUUCGCAAGUCACUUCUGUCUUACCUGGUCGCGCCGACUCCGACAAGGUCGCAGCUAUGCUUCCUGCUUUUCGGGCCAGAACAUCUGUUAAAAACACUAAUGCCUAUGUCAACAAUGCUACUCUCGCGACUUCCUUCAUAUCCAAUGAUGUUCCUGUCCAAGGUGUAACUUCUAGAGUUGCUUCUAUACCCUCAAUUGCCUCUCCAUCUGUGUCUUCUGGGAACGCCGGCGUUCAAAGCAGACACACUCCUUCCACAUCAUCUUCUUCUGCCAGUACUAUCUCAUGGGGACAAUCUGCAAUCCAAGCGGUUCCUGUUGGAUCUAUGCCGCAUGUGAUCUCUCAUACGUUUGAGGCCAAGAACCGUGAUGACCAGACCAGCCGAUCCUACGAGUCUGGCUUUCUCGUAUCUCAGCCUACCCAUUUUGCAGGCCUUAACCCUCGCCGUUCAGGUCAGACUUUCUUCGCCUCCCUGCAGGGCCCCUUACCACUCUCCGAAAGCAUAUGCAGAAGUCAAGCUCCUGGAAGGGCUCUCUCUAUCGACGAAAUAGUCACACCAGACGAGCCUCCCAGUCCCAAUUUCCAACCUCCUAUCGGAACAGGGCGCCCUGUACCUGGAGCUGCCCCAAAGCCUGCCGCAAACGCAGAGACCCAAUGUCGCCUUCGUGAAACCGGAGAGCGGAAGCUGAACAUCCUCGAAGAAAUGAAGAUCAUACUCCGCGCAGACGGUAUGAAAGACGACAUCCAGCGACGCUUUACUGUCAUGACCAACAUUAUCCUCCGCAUGGAAUGGAUCCUGUUCCGUCGCGACGUGAACGCCAACGGUACGCGCACCAAUAAAUUCUUAUCGGCGUCCGUCGUCGAAGAGGUAGAAGAACUGGCCAUCCCCAUGGUCCAGUAUCUCGCCUGGCUGGAUAAAAAGCUCCAGGCUGAGCUUGACAUUUCGCAACAGGUGCUGUAUUCGGUCAUUCAGAUCGCCAAAAACCAGGACCUCGGCGUUUACCAGCGCUUCAGACAGACCGCUCAGGUUAUCAUCGGAAACCUCCGAAAGCCACGGCCGCUCGAGAAACACCUCCUAACCAUCUUCCAAGACCUCUAUGAUACCUUUGUAUACAACAGCUUCCUCAACGUCCGCAACCGCCAGAUCCUCCACGAAGACAAACCUCACACUGACCGUGAUAGACUCGCCCGUCUCCUGAUCGCAGGCUGGGAUGUCUUGAGCCGCGCUAUCGAGAACUACAGUGAGAUCAUUACCAUCAACAGCGAUCUGAAGAAUCGCUUCGUCGAGCCGAUCAUGGAGCGACUGCCCCACUCAUACAAGAUCUGGGAGGAGGAGUGGGAAGAACACCAGCGGCAGACGGAGCUGGAGAAGCUGUAUGUGGAGGCGGAGGAGAGAGCCCAGGCUGAGGCCCAGAAACAGGAGAUUGCCCGGACUCAGGCGCAUGCGAUGGCUGAGUUCAGGGCUCAGAUCCACGCGCUGGGACAGGGCUUUGUGUUGUGGCAUGUUGAUUCUCGUAUUCAGGUUUAAUACCCAUGGGCUGGCGGGAACCUACGUUCAGGCUUUGAUGGGUUCUUCUGUUUUGCUUCCCCCCCUUUUUGUCCCUUAAAUCUGUCUUUCGAGCAUGUGAAGCGGUAAGCAGAAAAAGGAAAAGGAAAAGGGUGAAAGAAAAGGAGAAACACCCAAAGAAAGCUACAAAUUUACAAAAUUGAGGGAACAA